GAGCUAGUUUUGUUGGUUUUUCAUUUCUGAAAUGAACUAGAGCUUAGAAGUUUGGCGAAAAGUAAGAAAGACAAGAGACAAAGAAGAGGAAAAAAUGCAACGUCAUCUCAUACGCAAAACAAGACUCUCCAUCCUUACCCACUCGAAUCAACCGACUCAUCACCAUAUCCAAUCCCUUUUAUUAUAUAAAACCAAUCCCUUCCCAGAACACACUCCUCAUAUCCUCUUCUCUAACACUUUUCAGACUUCACUUCAGUGCUGCUAUAUUACUUCUUCACUUUCUACUCGUACAAUACAAUUUAUUAAUAAAAAAAUGGAUCCCAAAGGCACCAUUGUCUUCACCACCGUCGGCAGGCCCUCCUAUGGCUUCGACCUUUUCUCCCUUCCUCUCGAUCACUCCGGCCCCGAACGCCGCCUCUCUGACGCCCUCUCCAUCAACUUCAACGGCCAGUUUUCCGAUUCCGACGACGUCGUUUUCGUAUCCGAGAGAACCGGUUCUCCUCGAGUUUACCUCACCCGUCCAGGACUCCCCCGCCCCAAAUCGCUCCCUUUCGUCCCAGAAAGCCUCUUCCACGACCGUCCCGUCCUCAAGAAUGGGAAACUUUACUUCAUCUCAGCUCACCAACGCCCCGAUCAGCCAUUCAAGAGCUGGUCCGCUUUGUACUCCACUUCUCUAAUUAAGGGAGAUUACAAUCCUGAUGAAAUCGUCAUCACCAGGCUAACGCCUCAAGGAUCCGCCGACUACAGCCCCGCCGUCUCUCUCUCCGGCGAAUUUGUCGCCGUCGCGUCGUACGGUUCACGCCCUUGGGGCGGUGAAUUUCACGAGCUCCGCACCGACAUCGUGGUCUUCGCCGCGUCCGAUCCGAGCAAGCGUGUGAUCCUCUGCGAACGAGGCGGCUGGCCGUCCUGGUGUGGCGAUUCCGCCAUUUACUUCCACCGCCAAGCGGACGACGGCUGGUGGAGCAUUUUCAGAGUGGAUUUUCCUGGAAUUAUUAAUGAUUCUCGCGAAUUCCCGAUCCCUUAUCCCAUUCGAGUCACGCCGCCUGGUGUCCACUGCUUCACUCCGGCGGCUCUUCACGAUGGAAAGAGAAUCACCGUCGCGACACGGCGGCGCGGCAGCGAUUUUCGCCACAUCGAGAUCUUCCAUACUGAGUCAAAGACGUUUUCUCCUAUUACUGAGUCGCUUAACCCGAAUUUCCACCAUUAUAACCCGUUCAUCUCUCCCGAUUCCAAGCUCGUCGGAUACCACCGCUUCCGAGGCCAGGAAACAGACGGCGUGAAGACGAUUCCCCACCUUGAACCCGUCGCAUCUCCAUUGAAGGACCUCCGGAUGUUGAGACUCAACGGCUCUUUCCCGUCUUUUUCUCCCGACGGCGAUCUGAUCGCGUUAAACCCCGCCAUCUUCGACGGCCUCUCGAUCGUCAAAUCGGACGGCUCGAAACGCUGGACAUUGAUCAGAGGUCGUACAGCGUUUCACAACUCGUGGAGUCCGACGGAGAAACACGUGAUAUAUACUUCCAUUGGCCCAAUCUUCGAGUCGGUAAAAGCAACGGUCCAGAUUGCACGGGUCACGUUUGACUUUGACUCUUCCGAGAUUAACGGUGAUCGAGGGGAUAAGGAUAUCACGUGCGAUGUAAAGAUACUUACGAGAGAAGAGACGGGGAACAAUGCCUUCCCGUCGUGCUCUCCUGACGGCAAGUCGCUCGUCUUCCGUUCAGGUCGUUCGGGCCACAAAAACCUCUACAUUCUCGAUGCUGUUAACGGCGAGUUUGACGGCGGUAGUCUACGGCAGUUGACGGACGGUCCGUGGAUCGAUACGAUGCCGUGUUGGUCGCCUAAGGGCGAUCUCAUUGCUUUCUCGUCCAACAGACACAAUCCUGAUGAUGUCAAUGCGUUCAACAUUUACGUCAUCACGUCAGAUGGCUCCGAGUUAAGGAGGAUCUAUUUGGCUGGACCGGAGGGUUCUGGAGACGCGGACAGGGAGAGGAUAAACCAUGUGUGCUUUAGUGAGGACGGUGAGUGGUUGUUGUUCACGGCUAAUUUGGGAGGAGUAACGGCGGAGCCGGUGACGUGGCCGAAUCAGUUCCAGCCGUACGGGGAUUUGUACAUGGUGAGGUUGGAUGGGAGUGGGCUGAGGAGGCUGACGUGGAAUGGCUAUGAGAAUGGCACGCCAGCAUGGAAGAACUUCGGGCGUGAUGACGUGGACAUGGGGCCCUUGAGUUUGGCCGGUGAUGAUCGUCUGGUUGGGGAAGAGUUGAGGGGUCAGUUUGACGAACCUCUUUGGAUCACUUGUGACAUCUAGAAAUCCUACACAUCACUUGUUAUUUGUUGUUUUUCUUUUUGUAGUGUGCAUUUUUUUUCUUGUUAUUUUAAGAAACAAUAAUGUGUAUAGUGUGCCGGAAGACAAUAAAGUUUUUAUUAAACUGUCGAGUU